AUGAAUCUGGUUGAAAGGCUAUGUGCUCAGAUUCGUCAAGCUAAUGUAGCAGGAAUCUGUUUGUCUACGAUGGGAAGACAUGUGGCUUAUGAACAAGCUGUUGCUUGGAAACUGUUUGCUGCUGCGCAUCAUCUGAAAACGACAACGCCAAUGAUAAUACUUUGCAUUGUCUUGCUCAUAGAGACAUGGAGAUACCUAACUUACAAGAAGCAAAGUUUAGGUUAA